UUAUUUAAAAAUUAAAAAUGAAUGCAAAAACAAAGGAGUUUAGUAAACUUACGCCCUUAGUACCAUACAAUUUAAAAAUUUUUUGACUUAAACCCUUUGUACCGAAUCAUUUCUAACGGAAGAGGAUACGCUAGGGCUAUGGCGAUAGGACCAAACGAAAGAGAAAAGAAAGCUGACUGAAGUCCAAUAAAAAUCCGAAAAUCGAUUUUUUUGACUUAACCCCUUUGUACCCGGAGUCAAAGAUAUAAACGACUCGAAAUUAUAUUUUUUGAUUGUAAGCAAAUUUAAGGAUGCAAAUUUUAAAAUUGUAUCGAAUUAAAUCCAAUUGUACUUUUGUUCAUCCAAUUGUACUUUUGUACUUGAGCAAACUUGAGCACAAAAUUUAAAAGAAGAAUCUCGAAUUCUAAAUUUUUGUCGCCAUGCAAACUCCUAGAAUACUUUUCCUUCACCCUGGCUUUCAUGUUGUUGAGUUUGGUUGAAAUUUGUUUCUGACAAAAAGUGUUGGUUUGGCUUUUCUAUAGUAGAGCUUAUUUGUUUAACAGGUUUCCUCCAAAUCAAAGAAAUUCAUUAUUGGCCAUCAGACGCAAAUCAGUUUAUUUUUAUUUCAUCCGACCAAAAAACCCUUGCCCAAUCACUAACAAUAUAUUUGUUGUAUUUUCUUUGCGAAUUGAAACCUCAAAAAUUCUCGUUAUGUCGUUCUGUCAAAAGCGUCUUCUUUACCUUUGCUCGUCCAUGCACUUCGUUUUUGCGCAAAGCUUUUCUACCGGCCUCAGUUUUUACAUUUAUCCUAUUAAUGUGGUUAAGUUAUUAAUUGAUCUGGACGGCUUGGGUUUGUAUGAAAGAAGCGUAAGAAGUCCAUCGAAGCAACAAAUUGAGGAUCGAACAGGUCUUCUCAUUCAUUGGACAGUACAGAUUCAACUAAAGUUAGAUUAUGUGGUGUUUGUAAAAAGUUUUAAGAGAUUUAGGUAAUCCAAUUAUCGCAGGUUAUCUUGCGAAAGUUACCGUGAACAGGUUGCUAGCGUUCCUUCACUUAAUAUUCUCCCAGGGUCAAGCCAUUUUUUUUUUUGCUCCUCUUUGGUGGCUUUUUUGAAAACUUCCAAAAUCCAAAACAUAUUAAAAUUGUUCAGAAUGUAUUGCUAAUGUGACUUAUGUUGUUCCUGUCCCCAGGGCUACUUUCGUAGAUUUUCAAAAAGAGGCCAAAAAAGAGGAUUUUCAUAAAAAAGAGGCCCCAGUAAAUGUGAAAAUAGAAUAAGCUAAGUACGACAGUCACACGAAAUACCUCAUUUGCGCCUUUUCCGAACCCAACCUUUUAACACAAUUUCUUAAAAUUAAAAUUGUAUUAUGUUCAUACAAUUUUAAAAACAGAAUAUUAUAAAAACAUAGCCUGUGCCUAUUUUCUUCAAAAAAGAACACAAAAUUUGUCAAAAAUAAGCUUAUAAAAGACCAAAUCAGCGCUAAACAACAGUAACGUAUAUUUUUUUACAAUUAAGUCGUUAUAAUUGAAAGUGGUAUGUAUAAGUCACAUUUUACUUGAUUUUCAAAAAUAUGUCAAUUUUUUUAAUCAAACGUACAUAAUUUUGAAAAAGUGGAACCAAAGUAUCAAAAAGAGGGAUUUUUUUUGACAAUUUUUAAAAAGUGGAGGGAAAGUGGAUUGGGUAAAAAAAGAGGAAAAACGCCACUUUAGAGGCGCAAAAGUAGCCCUGCCUGUCCCUCUUCUGAUCUGUCAUACAUACCAAGCGAAGUUUUGAAUUUGUUUUGUAGCCAAUACCAAAACGUAGAACUUAAGUCUUUAACUUGAAAUUAAAUAUUUGCUGAAUGGUCUGGUCAUAAUGCAAGUUAAAAUAAACAUUACUCAUUCUUUGGUAGAAAUCUCAAGUCAGUUUGACGUGCGAUCUUAUCUUAAACUAAAAAUAAUAGAAUCAAAGCGAAAAUUAUAAUUCUCUUUGUAAAUAUUGAAUUGUUUUAUUUUUUUUUUUGUGUAUUUUUAUAAUUUUAAUAAAGUGUUAAGCGUAAGCGCGCUGCUGGUUGGUAUAGUGUUUAAAACUAAAACGAAACACUUGAUAUUUUCGAACGAAUAUUGUACCCCAAAAAAUCACCUUUAAACAGACUGCACAACAAAAACAUAUUUUCUAUAAAAAAAAAAAACUGGAUCUCCCGAUGUAAUCAUUUACAUUGACGAAACCCUUCGAAAAUUUAAAAAUAAACUCAUUUUACGAGCUAAAAUACUUUAGAAAUCAUGCAGAAAUGAGUUAGCAAUCUUAGAUUUUGUUUUUAAGCAUUUUUUAUACUAUUUUCCGAAGAAGAGUAAAGGAUCUUCACUUUGGCUCGCAAGCAGUGGCAUACACCAUACAUACUACAUAUGAGGCUAAAUACUGCAUAUGAGGCUAAGAGAACAAUAGUGGCGUAAGCCAUAAAAUUCAGUUUUGAGUUAGUCCAAUUUUAUAUACGAAAAUGAUUAAAUUUAGCCUUUUUGAUGAACCAUUAAAGAGUUAUAAAAUUCCAAACUCAAAAACACAAUAUUUCCCAUGUAAAUCAUAUGGCAAAUAGAAAUUUUCGAUGCGGCAGUACUUAAUGUUAAUAUUAAGGGCUGAAACUUUUACAGAAUUUUUUUUCGUGAUUUCCUACAAUACUUUCGGUGUUACUUUGAACAAAAAAAAUUUUUUUUUUUGAAUCAGUCUAAUAUAUACAUUUUCAUUUUUUAAUAAGUCAAAAGGGAUAGAAAAAGAAUAUCCAUGUUUCUAGGGUACUAUACUAGCUCGAACAGAAUUCUCACAUUUGGUAAUUAAUCACAUUGAUAUUUCCAACUUUCUUUCUUCUAUAAAUUAAACUUUGUUAUCAAUAGCUGUGUUUAAUUAUUCGCGUGAUCCAGAUCAGAUAACAGUAACAGGCCCAUUCACGAAUGUAGUGACUACGUAGUCAACUAGAUCUGAUUGGCUGAAAACAACUACAAAAUUAGUUAAAAUUUCGCCUCCGACAUAGUGUAAAAAUUUCAGCUUCAAAGUUAGUUGACAGUUCUCAGGCAGCUGUUUGAUGCAAAGAAAUUUGUAUUUUGAUUUUUAUUUUUUAGUGAAAUUUAAUGAAAAGCACUUAAAAUGAAAAUAAUAGUUAGUUGGUUAGAUAAAAACUAUGAAUUAGAGUACCAAGAAGAUGUUGCCAAAAAAUCGUGCAGAUUUACAGAUCCAGUGUAUGCCGCAGCCUACAUAGAACGGAAUGUAGGUGCUCAAAGCACAAAUUAUUCGCUAGAAGAUCCAUCAGUACAUGCCGCAUUCUAUAUGGGGGGUGUUUUGGGUACCAAAAACACUAAUAGUUCGGAAGAAGAAGCUUCUUGGGAACACCGCUCCGUGCAGCUAUUCUUAGAUGAAUGCAGGAGGCAUAAGAAGGAUUUGCGGAAUCCUAAAAUAAGGCGGAGGAAUAUAUUCCUUAAAAUUAAAGAGGUGAUGGAAUCGAAAGGCUACAAGCUUAAGGAGGGCACCCUCGAAAAAAAACUUUCAAACAUGAAAAUAAGUUACAAUCGUAUCUUAGACAAUAAAAAAAAACCUCCACAGGUCGUGGGCGCAUUUCCUGGCCUUUCUUUGACCAAAUGUGCAUGAUUUAUCAAGAGGAAGUAAGUGUCAGGAAUGCGCCUACGGUGAGCUCUCUCGACCCUACAUCUGCCGGUUCUCCCAUGCAAGUAACCGAGAAAACAACGAAAAAGCCAACAAGCAGGCGAGAAAAACUGUUUGCUCUGGAGGAGGAAAAGGUUGCAAUUGCCAGAGAAGUGUUGGAGGAAUUUAAGGAGAUAAGAAUACUGUGGCAACGCAAAUUUGAAUUUGAGUUAAAAAAAAUAUAACAAAGAGUAGGGAGUGCAAGACAAUUAAAAUUAUGGUGCUCUAAGGGCCAGUUUGUUUAAACUCGAAUAUUUUUAAAUCAAGGACUAUUCCAAGGAAAAUCCUCUAUUAAAAGAUAAUCGAUUUUGAACAAAUUAGGACUCACUAUAAUAACUUAUUGUGAUAUGAAUAUUGUGAUAAAACUAGACUAUUUUGUUCAGACUCGAUUAUAUUUUAAUCAAGGAUUUUCCUUGGAAUAAAAACAUUUUUUAUUGUUUCGUUUAUUUAGUAAUAAGUUUUUUGUGCUCUUAAA